AUGAAUGAUCAACAGAAUAAUAAAGAAUUAAUCGAACGCCAUAGUCGUGAUGAUCUGGUAACACGGGAAGAAUGUGAACAAAUAUUGGAGAAAAUACUGAAAGAACAGGGCGACAUCAAGGGUGUGCUAAAGGAAUAUGAAAUUGUUCCUGAAUUAAGUACUAUCGGAUAUUUGGGAGAAUAUUUUCAUCUACAUUUGAAAUAUCAAAAGGAGGGGGACAAUGAUUUCACUCACAUUCGACUAUUUGUAAAAACCAAACCAUAUCAGAACCCUGAUAUGUCAGAUUUUAUUGAACGUUCCGGCAUGCUGAAAAAGGAGGCUACCCUAUACCAAAGACUACUAAAUGAGCUUAAGAAGCUGACUCCCAAUAUUUGGUGUGCCCAGUGUUAUCUAGUGAAGCCCGAUCUCUUUGUCAUGCAAAACAUAGUUGACUUGGGUUAUGAACCCAUGAAAGAUUCUUCUGUGUUCCUAAAUAAACCACAAAUCUGCUCCAUACUGAAGGGUCUGGCCAGUAUGCAUGCCUGCAGUGUGGGCUAUGAACAAAAGAACAAAAUUAAAAUUGGUGAGGAACUAAAGGAUGUGCUCUAUGAGGUGACAGUUAAUCCCAAAGUUGUGUGGUAUACGGCGGGUAUAAAGGCAACCUUGGCUGUGACCCUUAAGCACCCGAACUACCAAACCGAACCUUUACAGGAGUUCAUUAAAAAUCGUCUACCCUCAAUUUUGGAUACAGUCUACGAUAUGGUUAAUCCCUCCUCUAAAUAUUACAAUGUCUUUUGUCAUCGUGAUGUCUGGGGUGGCAAUGUUUUCUUUGCCAAAGAGAAUCCCUAUGAAAAGGGAGCAGCAUUUGUAGAUUUCCAGCUAUGUCGUUAUUCUCCAGCAGCCAUAGAUGUCCUUAUGACCCUCUAUAUGAACAUUAAACCUUCGGAACGUAAACAAAUUGAAAGAGAAUGCUACGCGGUAUAUUAUCAACAAUUUCAGGAAGAAUUAUCCAAAAUGUCCUUGAAGGCCAGCGAUUUUAUGACCUAUGAAGAAUUUGAGAAGUCUUUGAAAGAUUUGGCAUUAUUUGGAGCGCUGUAUAAUUGUAUAGCGGCAACAAUUUUACGUGUUCCCGGAGAUUAUUUGCGGGAUAUGAAACUAAAUCGCCCAGAUGAUUUUCAUCGUUAUACAAAUGUCGAUAGGACAGAUGAAGUAUUGGAAUUGGUCAAAAUUGAUGCAGAUUUUCGGGAAUAUAUGCUGGAAUGUAUUGAUGAUAUGAUGGAGUUGGUUUUAAAUGAAUAUUUU